AUGAGUUUCAUACAAAAAAAAAAUAAAAAAUGUCUCCUCACCGAGGCGGUACGACGCCUGUGCGGUCUUGGCCAGGGCGAUCCUCUCUCUUCUUCUGUCUGGGAUGUGGUGUUCCAGCCCUUCCUUGAUUCUCUUAGUCGACGCAACAUUGCGCUGACCCUCACUCUUCCGGAGCUGGCUCCUCGUCCGCAGACUCGAUGCAUCACCAAUCUGGUGUUCGCGGAUGACGCCGUCGGCGCUGUCGCUGGACCGGAAGCCAUUGCUUUGCUCGAGGCGUUAGCUCGGGAUUGGCGACUCGCGACGAACGGCCGUCUAAACACCGACAAAACCGUGGUGAUGCCAUUGGGCGCGACGUUGUGGGAUCGCGCGGACUUGUCCAAACUGUCGUUCGUGGCACCGGACGAGUCUCUUCCCUGGAUCGGUCUCCAGUUUGCGCCUGACGGCAACAACAGGCUGGGAUUCCAUGAUCUUGAGCGCAGGGUCGAUCGAGUGAUUCUAUCGGUGCGCGACCGAUGGAUGACGUACCAUACCCGGGCUUUCUAUCUCAACCGCUACGGCAUCUCUAAGGUGCUGCACUCUCUGUCCGCCGACAUACCGCCAUCCGACGUGAUCAAGGCGAUCGAGCGCAAGCUUGCCGACUUUGUGAAGGGAGGACCGCGGCGCAGCGACUACAAGCAAUCGGUUUUCAGGAACUGA